AUGGCGGCGCCCAGGACGCCCUUGGUCGCCGUUGGCCGCGGGGCCGCGUCGUUGUUGCCGCUGCUGCUGCUGCGGGGCGGUCACUGUAGGCCCCGGCCCCGGCCCUGGUCGCCGCUGCUGCUGCUGCUGCGGGGCGGUCACUGUAGGCCCCGGCCCCGGCCCUGGUCGCCGCUGCUGCUGCUGCUGCGGGGUGGUCACUGUAGGUCGUGGUCCUGGUCCUGGCCGCCCGGGCCCUGCUCGCUGAGAGGUUACACAACUACUGCUGCUUCUGAGACGGGAAUUCCUCAGAAAGACUCCAACCUUGCAGCAAAUAUUGAAGGCCCUUUGCAAAACUACGAAUCCUUGGUGAGACAAGGAGAUAUAAAUCACGAUGAAAACCAGAAAAAGGUGGUGCAUUGUCUACAGAAGCUGCACGAAAUACUGCAAGGAUACAAUCCUGGCCAGAAGAACAUAUUUUCACAGUUUUUUGAAAGAUCUAAACCUCCCAAAGGCCUUUAUGUUUAUGGGGAUGUUGGUACUGGGAAAACCAUGGUGAUGGACUUGUUUUAUUCUCAUGCAGCAGUUAAGAAGAAGACCCGAGUACAUUUUCACGGUUUCAUGCUUGAUGUCCAUAAAAGAAUUCAUCGUUUAAAGCAGACCUUGCCAAAGAGGAAGCCCGGUUUAAUGGCAAAAUCGUACGAUCCAAUAGCUCCCAUCGCCUCAGAAAUCAGCGACGAGACUUGCCUGCUGUGUUUCGACGAGUUUCAGGUGACGGAUAUUGCUGAUGCCAUGAUACUGAAGCAGCUUUUUGAAAAUCUAUUCAGAAAUGGCGUUGUUGUUGUCGCCACAUCCAACAGACCACCUGAAGACCUCUAUAAAAACGGGCUUCAGAGGUCUAACUUUGUGCCAUUCAUCGCUGUGCUGAAGGAAUAUUGUGAUGCUAUCCAAUUGAAUUCUGGAAUUGACUACAGGAAAAGGACUGGUUCUAGAACAGUGCAACUUUAUUAUCUCACAAGUGAAGUUGAUGUGGAAGCUGCCCUGGAUGAGCUAUUUGAUGAGCUGGCUCGGAAACAAAAUGAUAUAACAAGACCAAGGAUUUUGAAAGUGCAAGGUAGAGAGCUGAGAUUGAGCAAAGCUUGCGGUACCCUGGCAGACUGCACGUUUGAGGAGCUGUGCGAUAAACCCCUUGGAGCGAGUGACUACUUGGAAAUGGCUCAACAUUUUGACACCGUAUUCAUCAGGAACAUACCAAUGUUGACUUUGGCAAAGAAGACUCAAGCUCGCCGCUUCAUCACUCUUAUUGAUGCCUUUUACGAUCAUAAGGUCAGGGUUAUUUGCUCAGCUGCAAUGCCAUUGGAGAAUAUAUUUGUUCAGAAGGAUUAUGACAGCCACGCUGAUGAUGCCAGGGUGUUUGUGGAUGACCUAGGAUUGGACCACAAGGUGGAGGAGCUCUCGAUCUUUUCCGGAGCUGAGGAAAUAUUUGCAUUCCAGCGCACGGUCUCCCGGCUUACGGAAAUGCAAACGGAGGAGUACUGGGAGGAAGGAAGCCGGAGCAGGAAGUGACUGUGUGCCCGCUGGGUGUAAGACUGAGCGGAAACGCCACAAACUGCAGACAACUAUGGAUCAAAUUUAAGGACCGGGAUGUGCAUGAUGAAUUAUAAAUGCACCUUUUUUGUUAACUGGACCAUUUAACAAACUUCCACACAUUUGCCGGGCCCAAACUGAUAUGCCGUUGUGCUUAAGAUAUAUAUAUAUAUAUGUAUGCUUCUCUUUUAAUGGACACUUUCCUUUUGAAUUGCUUUUUGAAGAGAUAUCAUCUGAUCAAUAUUUCUUGAAUUAUUUUCUCUACUGCCCCACACUUAUUUACGUUGCUGGAGUUUCCAUUCUUAUGUAAUUUGGCCUUUUGCUUAGACGGCUGGAACAAGAUAAGGAGAUAAAAUCACGCAUCAGGAGCGGCACGGUGGCGCAGCGGUAGAGUUGCUGCCUCACAGCGCCAGAGACCCGGGUUCCAUCUGACUACGGGUCAAUAGACAAUAGGUG